CGUCACUUCCUCUUUGGACCAAAAAAAAAAUAUCUCUCUUCCACAUUCUGAGAAAUUUUCAAUCUCUUUCUCUCUUCUUCUUCUUCUGGUUUGGUUAGAAAGAACUUUCUGGAAUCUCCAAAAUAGGUUAAAGCCGCGAUUAUUUUUCUAAAAUCUCUCUUCCUCUGCUUCUCUCUAAACCCUACUCUUUCACCUUCUCUUCUUCACUCCACUAAUCCUAAUUGCAAUGGUGCUUUUAUUUAUAAGUAGAAAGAUUUUAUUUUAUUUUUUUUAGGAAAAGUAAAAUUCAAUUCAUGUUGAUAAAUCAUUCACUCCAUAAAAAAAUAAAUAAUUCCAUUACAUUCCAUUCUUCCUCUCCUCUCUAAAGUGCCAACCCUAACCUCUCCUUUCCUCUCUGAACCGAACCGCCGCAGAAGCUACCUGAUGGCGAUGUCUGUCGUCUGCAAUUUCAGCCCCCUCGCGCUCCGCAAAGACCACGAUUCAGUUGAGAAUGAGAAGAAGGAUUUUGCUUCACCGAUAAAGAAAUUGAAAGUUGACAAGGAUGAUUUAGUAGGAGAAGAAGAACACAACACUGAUUCCGUUACAAGCCUCUCACUCUCAGAUCGAGAAAUUUUUGAUAAAUGGUGCAAAUGUUAUCGAAGAACAUACAAGGACGAAGAAGAAGAAAAGUUUAGGUUCAGUAUCUUCCAGAAAGUUCUUAACCCACCCAUACCUGAGAACGAGCGUGGUCGCUAUUAUGUCGGUAUGGCUGAUCGAACCACAGAAGAAUUGGAGGGGUCUGUUGCUUAUAUUUUUGAAUCUGACAUUGAAUUGAUGGACAAACUUGAUGAAAUCUUCACACAAAGUGAGAAGGAUUUUCCGGAAUUGAAAGGUUCAAUAAGAGAAGAAGACAACACUGUUACAAGCCUCUCAAAUCGAGAAAUUUUCGAUAAAUGGUGCAAAUAUUUUCGAAUAACAUACAAUGGCGACGAAGAAGAAAAGUUUAGGUUCAAUAUCUUCCAGAAAGCUCUUAACCCGCCCAUACCUAAGAAGGAGCGUGGUCUCUAUUUUCCCGGUUUGGCUGAUCGAACCAGUGAAGAAUUGGAUGGGUUGGAUGCUUAUGUUUUUGAAUCUGACAUUGUUAAAUAUAUGCACGGACUUGAUGGGAAGAUGCUUUAUGGAUUCACACAAAGCGAGAAGGUUUUUGCGGAAUUGAAAGAUUCAGCAAGAGAAGAAGACAACACUAAUUAUUAAUUUAUUAUUAUUAUUAUUAUUAUUAUUAUUAUUAUUAUCAACAGUAAUGUAUUUUCGAAGCUGAAAUGGUUUGGUUGGAAGUGUGGUCGACCAUGCUUUAGCUACAAGUAGAGGGAUGUUAAUUUUUAUUUAAUUUGAACAUUAUACUUUUGGAGUUUAUAUGUUCUCCUAACUUUCACUUGUGUAAUUAAAUAAUCAAUUGAGAGCAUGGAUUAAUUCAAUAUUUUUUUUUGUUA